CGACGUUGACGACCAAAAAUAUCAGUCACCUGUUCUUUCUCCCAGUUGGUUCUUUCCAUCAGCUGUUGCUUCUCUGCCUCUCUGGCGUAUAGCUAAGCUCAAGCUAGUAGGUUGGAGUUAGGAGCCAGUGCAAGAAAGGCCUGCGAGCAACGUUAACCUAAGAUGGCUGACUCGCUGCUUCUCCCCGUGGUGCGCGGCGUGGCAGGCAAGGCCACCGACGUGCUCGUGCAGAGCAUCACUCGCAUGUGGGGCAUCGACGCCGACCGCGACAUGCUGGAGCGCCGGCUGCUGGCUGUGCAGUGCUUGCUGGCCGACGCUGAGGUGAAGAGCGAGACCAACCCCGCCGUCAGGAGGUGGAUGAAGGAUCUCAAGGCCGUCGCAUACCAGGCUGACGAUGUCCUCGACCAAUUCCAGUACGAGGCGCUGCGCCGCGAGGCCCAGAGCCGACAGUCCAUGACCAGCAAGGUACUGAGCCACUUCACCCACCACAACUCGCUUCUGUUCCGCCUUAAAGUGAGCAGGGAGCUCAAGAAUGUCCUAGACAAGAUCAAGGAUCUUGUUGAGGAGAUGAACGCGUUUGGCCUGGUGGAGCGCGCGGAAGCACCACAAGUUCUUUAUCGGCAGACACACUCAGCACUAGACGAGUCUGUGGAGAUCUGUGGCAGAGACGAUGACAAGGAGGUGGUGGUGAAGCUGUUGCUCGACCAGCAAGAUCAGCACAAUGUGCAGGUGCUUCCCAUCAUUGGAAUGGGGGGUUUGGGGAAGACCACGCUAGCGAAGAUGGUGUACAACGACCGCAGGGUUCAGAAGCACUUUGAAUUGAAGAUGUGGCACUGUGUGUCAGAAAACUUUGAAGCUAUUGCUCUUGUGAGAUCUGUCAUUGAGUUGGCUACAAAUAGAAAAUGUAACCUGCCUGACACCAUCGAGUUGUUGCGAAGAGAACUGCAGGAAGACAUUGGCCGGAAAAGGUUCCUACUGGUUCUUGACGAUGUGUGGAAUGAAGACAAGCUCAAGUGGGAGGAUGACCUUAAGCCACUAUUGUGUACUUGUAUUGGUGCAUCAGGAAGUAUGAUAGUUGUCACAAGUCGAAGCCAAAAAGUAGCGUCUAUAAUGGGCACCCUUCCACCCCACGAGCUAGCAUGCCUGAGUGAAGAUGAUUCAUGGGAAUUAUUCUCGAAGAAGGCAUUUAGUAAAGGAGUACAAGAGCAAGAAGAGUUCGUCAUGAUCGGUAGGCGUAUCGUCAACAAGUGCAAGGGACUGCCACUUGCUCUCAAGACAAUGGGUGGGUUGAUGAGUUCAAAACAACAAGUCUUGGAAUGGGAGGCCAUUGCAGAAAGCAAUAGGUGUGGCAACGAUGAAAUAUUGUCCAUACUAAAAUUGAGCUACAAACACUUGUCAUCUGAAAUGAAGCAAUGUUUUGCCUUCUGUGCAAUUUUCAUUAAGGACUAUGAGAUGGACAAGGAUACGUUGAUCCAACUAUGGAUGGCAAACGGUUUUAUUCACGAAGAGGGAAUGAUGGAUUUAGAACAAAAAGGUGAAUUUAUUUUCAACGAGUUGGUCUGGAGGUCCUUUCUUCAAGAUGUGAAGGCAAACAAAAAUUAUUCAAUAUUUGGUGGUGAGACGAUUGGAUGCAAAAUGCAUGAUUUAAUGCAUGACCUAGCAAAAGAUGUCACAGACGAAUGUGCUUAUGCAGAAGAGUUGAUUCAGGAAAAAGCAUCGAAAAAAGAUGUACGUCACAUGCACAUGUCAAGUGAUGAAUUGGAAAAAAUCAGUGUACUGAAAAGCACAUCAUCUCUCCAUACUUUAUUAACUGGAGGAAGAGACAAGGAUCUUGAGGAGUUAAAACUGAUGACGUUAAGAGCAUUGCGUUGUUCAAAACCUUCUAAGAGCAUGUUCAUGUAUUCAAAACAUUUACGAUAUCUUGAUCUUUCUCGGUCAGACAUUGUUAGAUUGCCGAAUUCAAUAUGUAUAUUGUAUAACUUGCAAUCAUUGAGGCUCCAUUAUUGCACCAAGCUACGUUAUCUACCUGAAGGUACGGCAACUAGUUUGAGGAAACUCAGACAUAUUUAUCUUUUGGGAUGUCAUAAUUUGAAACAGAUGCCUCCAAAGCUUAGUCUACUGCACAACCUACACACACUGACAAAGUUUGUUGUGAGCGCUGAAGAUGGAUGUGGAAUUGAGGAGCUCAAAGACCUGCAACAUCUUGGCAACAGGUUGGAACUGUGCAAUUUGAGGGAAGUAAAGUGUGGAUCAAAGGCAAAUCUUCGUGAGAAGCAUAAUCUAAGUGAAUUGUUGUUGUCUUGGGGCAGUAAUGGACGGUACAAUCCUUUAGAUGAUGAGGUCAAUAAUAAUGAUGAACAAGUACUGGAAUCUCUUGUACCUCAUGGUAAACUCAAAGUUUUGGAGGUCCAUGGGUAUGGUGGCCUCGCAAUCUCGCAAUGGAUGAGGGACCCACAAAUGUUCCAGUGCUUAAGAGAACUCGCCAUUUUCUACUGUCCGAAAUGUAAGGAUCUGCCAAUAGUAUGGUUGUCAUCCUCUCUUGAGAAGUUGUGCUUAAACAACAUGAAAAGCCUUGCCACAUUAUGUAAGAUCGAUGUGGCAGUGGCAGGAUACAAUACCCCUCUGCCAAUUUUCCCAAAGUUGAAGAGGAUGGAGUUAGAGCAAUUGCCUGAGUUAGAGAGAUGGGCAGAAAACAGUGCAGGAGAUCCUAUUUGCUCGGUGAUGUUUCCCCUUCUUGAAGAGCUAAGCGUCUACUGUUGCUAUAAACUUGGAAAUUUUCCAGAGAGCCCAGUUCUCAAAGCUCUACAUUGUUCCUACAACUCUGGACGUGGUCUUCUUCCUGUGAGCAUGCCCUUGGGCUCUUGGCCAUCUCUCGUUUACUUACACAUUGGGGUGCUGGCAGACGUGGUGCCUGCUCUGGAGGUCCCUCAAAGCCGAAGCCGAAGACCUCUGGACACCUUGCGAAGUUUGGGUAUCAUGAGCGAGGACGGCUUCUUAUCAAUAUUCUACUUGCCCAAACUGCAACUCGGGCUUGGGGACAGCUUGGCCUUCGUGGAAAAUUUGCAUAUCUCAAAUUGCUGCAAUAUUGUUCACUGGCCUGUGGAGGAGCUCCGAUACUUGCCUCGCCUCCGAUUUCUGAGUAUUGAGGAUUGUGGGAACCUGGAGGGGAAGGGCUCAUCAUCCGAGGAAGAGGAAAUCCUUCCGCUGCCCCAGCUGGAGAGGUUACAAAUAUUAUCUUGUUCCAGGUUGCUGGAGAUUCCAAUGUUGCCCGCAUCCCUUGAGCAAAUGGGGAUUUUCGACUGCAGCAGUUUGGUGGCGCUGCCUUCAAACCUCGGAAAUCUGCCCAAGCUGAGGAAUCUCGAUUUGUUUAACUGCAAUGGGCUGAAAGCGCUGCCUGAUGGGAUGGAUGGACUCACUUCCCUUGAGUGGUUGAGGAUUGUUUGUUCCAGGUUGCUGGAGAUUCCGAAGUUGCCCGCAUCCCUUGAAGAAUUGCAAAUUGUGGGCAGCAAAUGUUUGGUGGCUCUGCCUUCAAACCUUGGAAAUCUGGCCAAGCUGAGGGAUAUCAUUUUGUGGGGCUGUGAUGGGCUGAAAGCGCUUCCUCAUGGGAUGGACGGCCUCACUUCCCUUGAGAGGUUGACGAUUGCUUGGUGCCCAGGGAUAAAGAAAUUUCCGCAGGGUCUGCUCCAGCGGCUCCCAACCCUCAGAUUCCUGAAAAUAUAUGCAUGCCCUGACUUGCAGGGACGUUGCAGAGAAGGUGGGAAGUAUUUCCGCUUGGUCUCUUCUAUUCCAGAAAGAAACAUUCCAUUUCCAUCAACAGAGUUCAAUGCAAAGAAGUUUGUGAAGAAGCUCCUUCCCUCCUGCUGACUCUAAACUGAGACUCUGAGAUUUAAGGUGAGUUUGAUGGGAAGCAGCACGCCACACUACCCCCUCCAUGGCUUCUCGUUAGGAUGGCUGCCUAAACUUUUUUCUUUUGGAUCGCAAGCCUAUACCUUUUCUCAGCACGACUGAUAUCAGAGCAAAGUAUUCUCGUUCUGUUCUGGGCUACAGAAACUGGAUCUUGACUUGCUGAUCAACCUAAAAGCAUCGAGAGCCCCCAUGUCGGAACUUCCAGAAUACUCUAGAAUCUCUUUGGAAGCUAAUGACAUGAGAAGCUGGAAAGGCAGUGCAGAAAAGAAGGGUGUAUUGGGAGUUCCUCUCUAAUAGAACGUGAUACAAUAAAUGAUCCGUGAAAGAGUUUGUAAAGAGAUUUCCCUGACCCUCAACUCAAUGUUUUCCCUUUCUCAUAUCAGGGAUCGCGCAGACACCAGACAUACAGUAUUUCCAUUGCUUGCAAUCGCAGAAACAUGAGAAAGCUGAAAUCCACAUAAAAGAUCUCAUCGAUGAUCCUAAAUAAGGAAUCUAAAGCCUGUCUGCAGCUGAUUCCAGCAAGCCUUGGAAUUGCCGCCAAAUUUGUAAUCUAAUGAUUGCUAUUCAUGUAACCUUGGCCAGUCUACAAUCCUGUGAUCUUUUCGGUCGUUGUAGCGAACAUUGGUUCUUUACUUGAAG